UGAUUAUCGCAUUUGUGAAAUUGAUGAUUUAGUGCCAUAUUCAUCACAAAUUGUAAUUCACAAUAUAAAAGACAUGAAAACUCACUCUCACUGCGCAAAACUUUUGUCACAUUAGAGUUGCAAACAUGAAUUGAAAAUUGAGGAAUAAAACUAGAAUUCACACAAAAUUAUUGCUAAAGUAAGAGAUAAUGUCUGUGACAGCGAAACCCAAUUACGUGAUCCGAAACAUCCGAUUGUCUGAUUGCGAUGAAGUGCGAGACAUAUGGCGAUCCGUUAACUUCGGGAUCGUUAAGUACGCCAAUGAAGUGAUGAUUAAUUUGGAUCCAAACGGCAUAUUCGUUGUCGAGGACACCGAUUCCGGGAAACUGUUGGGAUAUGUGGCGGCCGUUAAUCUGUCAGAUGAUCUGGCAUUCAUUGGUGGCUAUUGCGUGAGACCGGACUACAGGGGCCACGGAAUCGGACAAAAGCUGUGGAACACAGGAAUGGCACACAUGGGGGACAGGAAUGUGGGCCUCUUUGCAUUCACUGUGAAAAUGUUUGAGAUAUACAGAGAUCACCACAACUUCAAGUGUAUCCCCGAUAGAUAUUUACAUCAUUUCAGAGGACAAUUCAAUCCUUGUGCAGACAUUAUCAAUGAAAUGGCGGGAAUCUCUGUGGUUGCCAUCACUGAUGCAAAUGUGUCGGCUGUGGUUGAGUACGACAAAGCAAUCUGCGGUUUAGACAGACGUGUAAUGAUUUCGGGUUUCGCCAAAACGCCGGGAGAUAUCAGUUUAGUGGCCGUUAAUGAGAGAAAUGAAGUGUUGGGCUAUAGUUUCCUUUUACAGACAGUAAACGAUGAGAUCAUGACCUUUGAACCUCUCUAUGCAAAUGACCCACAGAUCGCCGAGUUAUUGGGCAACAAAUGUUGCCAGCUCAUACCCGCUAAUAAAACUACUGAUAUUUAUUGCAAAUGUUGGAAUUUUCACCAUAAAUCCCAUGAAUUUGCUAAGAGAUUAGGCUUAAAGGUAGUGAGGGAUCAGUUGACAUCAUUUACUAAAGAGAUAGUUAACGGAGAUUUGGAUAAAGUCUUCGCUAUCCAGAGCACUGUCUUCUAUUCGUUUUAAUGGUUAAAGUUUUAAUUUGAAUAAAAUAUAUUUUAUAAAUUGUUUGUACAUA